CAUCUCUACGCGUCCCAGCACGCUCUGGGAGACAAAUAAAAUACGAAAACAACAUAAAACCCCUCUUAUAUUUCACCCCUCUAACUCCGUCUUUGAAUACUCGAACCCGCGAAUCCCUGAAUAGUUCCGCUACCACCGCUACAUACUCGCUAAGAUGUCGACACUCUUCGGGGGCAACACCGCCUCCACAGCUGCUUCCACCAAUAACACCCAAGGUGACCUCAGCAAAGAUGUAGAGGUCACCUCCCCACCCGAGGACAGUGUAUCUGAUCUCUCCUUUUCUUCUCAAUCCGAGCAUUUGGCAGUUUCUUCCUGGGAUAGCAAAGUGCGAAUAUAUGAAAUAUCAGAAACGGGACAAUCAAUCGGGAAAGCUUUGUAUGAUCAUCAAGCCCCAGCACUAUCGGUUCACUGGUCCAAGGAUGGCACCAAAGUUGUCUCUGGUGGUGCCGACAAAGCUGCUCGCAUGUUUGACCUUCAGUCCGGUCAGGCCACUCAGGUGGCAGCCCAUGAUGAACCUGUAAGCUGCGUGCGGAUGUUUCAAGCGCCGAACGCCGGUGAAAUGCUUGUUACGGGCUCUUGGGACAAGACACUCAAGUAUUGGGACCUUCGACAACAACAGCCAGCGGCCAUGGUCCAGAUUCAAGAUCGUGUGUAUACGCUAGAUGUCUCUCAAGGCUUGCUUGUCACUGGGACUGCGGAACGAUAUAUCAAUGUUAUCAAUCUUGCCAAUCCUACCGCGAUCUUUAAAACCAUCCAAAGUCCGCUAAAAUGGCAAACUCGGGUGGUAAGUUGUUUCCCUGAUGCCUCCGGAUUUGCUGUAGGUAGUAUCGAAGGAAGAUGCGCAAUACAAUAUGUCGACGAUAAGAAUGCCAGUAUGAACUUUUCCUUUAAAUGUCACCGUGAAACCCCCUCCACUGGUAUCGCAAAUGUUUAUAGUGUCAACGCGAUAUCCUUUCAUCCCACCUUUGGAACGUUUUCUACUGCUGGUUCGGAUGGUACAUUCCAUUUUUGGGACAAGGACGCGAAACAUCGUCUUAAAGGAUUCCCCUCCGUCAAUUGGUCCAUUCCAGCUGCCUCUUUUAACAGAAACGGAUCGAUAUUCGCUUAUGCAAUUAGUUACGAUUGGAGCAAAGGGCAUCAGGCGAACAAUCCUCAAUACCCAAUCAAAGUCAUGCUCCACCCGAUCAAAGAAGAUGAAGCUAAACCAAGGCCUCCUGCCAAGAAGCGGUAAUCGGGAGCGCUGAUAGACCGGAAGGUGGAGAAGGGAGGCUUCCGAUGAGACUGUUCCGGAUCGCUGCUGAGGUGCUAAGGGCUUCUCGCCGGUUGCUGGCUCUUUGCUUCUUUGCGCUUUUAGAGGCCGAGGAGUUUCCUGAAGCAUGAGAAGAAGAAAAGUUGGGGAGAGGGGGCGUAAUUGAUGAGGGGGUUGAUAAUCAUAUUCACUUGUAUCGGUAGGCUCAAUGGAAUUUCGUUUUCCUUUUUCA